UUUUCUUUGUAUUUUUUUCAUCCGUCAUUUCCAUCUUUUUUGCAUAGUUAAGGUUGAACGGGGUUCAUAUCAAUUGGUAUCAGAGCCUUUUCCUGUGCAUACAUUUCCUCCACACACGCCAUGGAUAACAACAUUGAAGCUUCCAUUGAACGGAUUCAUGCUGCCUUCGAAAAUCUACAUAAUCUUGUAACUAUUAAGAUCACCAAUCUUGCAAACUCUCUUAAAUCACAAAUAGAUCUGACACUGUCCACUGGAUUCGAAAGCCUGCGCUGUGACUUGAUCAGAACUUUCAGGAUCAAGAUCCAUUGGCAGAGGAAGAACGAUCGGAGUUGGGGUUCGCAUUUCCUGUGUGUCGAUUUGUAGAACAAGAACCAAUGAAGAUCACUAAUGUAACCAGCGAAGAUAAAUCAUCUUGUACGAAAACCUUGCAGAGCAAUGAUCCAAAAUCAAUUGAGAAAUUGACGGAAUUCAUAGUGAUUGAUAACUCCAAAUCUGUAGAGAAGCCUUCCAUUUCUGAAACCAAAAGUUCAAAAUAUAGUGAGGAUUCCUCAGCCAUUUGUGAAAUACAAGGAUCAAAAGUAGACGAGGAGUUCAAUCCGAAACCUGUCCUGGUAGAUGUACACAAGGUGUUUGAAGAAAUUCUUCAAACAGGUAUGGAACCUUGUGUUUUUUAUGAUAGAGAUUCUAUACUACAAGAGAGUGAAAAGAGAUUUUCAUACCAAGCUUUUGAUUCUGGUGGAUUUAGAUACUUAUGAUUCUUAGUGAAUUACAAUAAAAAAUCUAAGUUGAGGCAAAUAACUUUAGAGCUUCAAAAUUGUGCAGGGAAAACUAAAUCCAAUCUUUGUGAUGAGUACAAUGUUGGUUCUUUUGAGUGUCAACUUGAAGAAUUAGAGCUAGUAAAAUUUUCUGAUGUUAACUUUGGUAUAGAUUGUGCACAUCUUUAUGGAAAUGAUAUUAAUGUUGGAAAAACACUGGUUGGAGCAUUUCAAAGUUUUAUGAAAAUAGAGGAUGUUUUCUUGAUUUCCAAGUUGUAUUAUACUAUGAAUUCACUUAAUAAGAUUGAGAGUAGUUAUGUUAGAGUUUCGCUUAAGAAUAUUGGAGUCACAAACUUGGAGUUAUAUUUGAUGCAAUGGUUUGAUAUAUUUUCAUUUGGGUAUACAACUGAUAGAACUAAGCCUCCUUCAAAGUUUGGGGUGAGUAUAGACAAUAUCUUAGUAGAUUGAAGAAAGUAUGGAAAGCUAUGGAGGGUCUAAUUGAUUCAGGUUUGGUUAAAGCAAUUGGUGUUAUCCAUGUUAAUGUUAAGAACAUUGCUAUGAAGAAGCUGAAGCGUGGUUUUGUUGUUUCUGACUCCAAAAAUUAUCCUACUGAGAAGGCUACCAGUUUCACUUCUCAGAUCAUCAUCAUAAACCACCUUGGACAGAUUGGAAAUGGCUUUGCCUCGGUCCUUGAUUGCCACACAUCCCAUAUCGUUGUUAAGUUUGUUGAGAUCUUGACUAAGAUCGACAGGCAUUCUGGUAAGGAGCUUGGAAAAGAGCUAAAAUUUUUGAACAAUGUUGAUGCCCCAAUUAGUGAAUUGGUUGUUAAACGAGGCCUUUUCCCUUUGUACUUGAGUUUAUAUCAAAGUUCAUUCUAUAACAACGUAUUCGAUUUGGCUCAUGCUGGGAGUAGGAUAACUGUUGGUGAGAGACCAAAAAAGAUGGAAUUCUUAAUGAUUGAUAUCGAACAAAUUUUGAGGGCUGGUGGAUUGUUUUGGUUGGAUAUCUUCUUCUGUGCCAAUGAUGAUAAGAAGUUUGGCAUUGCUAGACUUACAGUCUUGUAUCAAGUUGGAGAAGACAUUUGACAAGCUCACGGAUUUUGUGAGACUUGAAUUAGUUAGGAAGUUUAUUGCUGUAGGUAAUGAGCCUUUCCUUCAAACUUACAAUGGACCUAUCUGCUAAUUACAUGACCAGCUUCUGAUCUUGAAGAUAAUAUUGUCACAUUGAGACUUGAAGCUCAUUUUGCUACUUGGAGUACUUUGAGGAAUGCAAUAGUGUGCCUUGCUAAUGAUGCCACUGGUUUCCCUUUCGAUCCUGGAGGACUCUAAUGUCUUAUUGAUUCUAGCUGGCUUAUAAAGAAUUCAUCACUUUCCCUGACUUCCAUUUUCGAGACAAUUGUUAUUACAGGCAUACCAUAUCCUUCUAUAUUGUUUAGAGUUGUAAGCCUUUUGCUGUAGCAAUGUUGUCCUUGUGGACAAGGACUUGGUCAAAGGGGGAGUAUUGAUAUGAUCUCAGGGUCAUAUUGGGUAUUUUGGUUAAUGGGCACAUACCUGUCUGUGGUG